GCAACGCUUGGUUCGCAGGGAGUGGUGGCGGUUGUUUCAACAUGGCGACAGCAGCGAAAAAGAGAGACGAUUCAGGGAUAUUUUGGAUGAAUGAAGUGUCUGAUGAGGAACAGCCUUUGGUAUUCGUUCCUGGAGUUGACAGUGGAAUGAAGACUCGAACGCCUUUCGGUCUCGGACCAGAUGGCACCGGUACAUCCGGUAAAAGAGGAACCAAGCUCAGAGAGAAACACGGCUCUGAGUGUAAAAAUCAAGGCACACAAAAGACGGCAGGAAGAACGCAGAGACACUUGGAAAGUGAUUUCUCUGGAGCCUUCACAACAGAAAAAGUGCCAGUCCAACAUGCUGCUAUACCAACUAUGCACACAGUCUCUAAGCCCCAUGAUGCAUUUCACCCUUUGUCACAGGUGAACUCUGAGAACAGCAGAGAGAAGAGCCAAGUCUCUUUGAAAGACCUUUGUCUUGAAGAUAAAAAACGAAUUGCAAACCUGAUUGAGGAACUUGCAAGAGUGAGUGAGGAGAAAGAGGAGUCAGUGCAGCGUCUAAAAGAUGAACAGGGGAAUUUUGAACGCAAGGUCCAGCAGCUGGAGCAACAGAACCUGAUGAUAGCACAGGAGAGGGAGAGUCUGCAGCGACAGUACAGAGAGUGUCAGGAGCUGCUCGCGCUCUACCAACAAUAUCUUACUCAACAACAGGCGAAGCUCAAUCAGUCCAUUUCCCAGCUCAGCCAGCCACCGACCUACAGUAAGGUGCGCAGUAGUGAGGAAGCUCCCAGCAGGACAUCUGCAAGCAGUGCUAAUGGAUCACUCCUGGAUGGCUCGUACCUCAGCCUCGCUGCUCCCAAAGCACAACCGGCUCAAGUGUACAGGAGUGGCAAUGCAAGAAGAGAAGUAGAAAUGUUCAGAAACCCCACCUCCGUUCCCUGCGAUUGUGAGUUAAGUUCAAACGACAAGACGUUCAGACAUGCGUGUCAGGAAAGGGAGUUUAGGCAGCCCCACACACGCCGCACAUGUGAGCGCUGCCACGGCAGCUGUCAUGACGCUGGCUGCAAAGCACAGCAACGGAGAAGUGACAGCAGCUCCCGUCUAGUAAACUGCCAGCAUGACACCUCUAGCCAGGAGGAAUGUGAAAGGAGAAACAGGAGCUCAGAGGGUAAGGAAGACCUGACCAGGCCUCUGCUGGGUCACAAGGAUUGGGAGGAAAAGAGACACCAGCUGCUGCUGCAGAAGAUGCAGCUCGAGACCGAAAGAGAGCGACUGCAAGCACGGCUGGCUGAGCAGGAGGAGAAGCUCCACAGACAGACAGAGCAGCUACGACAGUCACAGCUUGAUUACAGCAGGAUUCAACAAUCCACUGAAGCUCAGCUCAGCUCAAAUACCAGGGAUGCAGGGCCAGAGCGGGAGGAUUCGUCCCACCAGGAUUUGCCCUCCAGUCUGUCUGAAGAAGCGGAAGCACAUUCUGCAGCACAAAACUUGAGUAAAACAAACACUCGGCUCGUCCCAGACCCUUCCUCCAGUAGAAACACAAAUCCAUCCGAACAGUCCAGAAGGGACAUGGCCACAUCCCCAGUAAAGCCCCCUUCAGGCCUGUGUGUGCCCACCUCUGUGUCUGCAGCCCCAAAGACCCCCGAGACCAAGCUGGACCUUUCUGUGGUUGAGUUACUGGACAUCUUUAGUCCCAUCUCUGCCCCCGAGCAGUGCAAGCCGGGGGCUCGAAGACCCAAGCCGUCGACGCACAAAUCGACCCUCCUCGCUCCCACACCAGCAGGAAGAACUCUGCUCUUCCCCAGUGGAAAUUACCCUCCAGGUUUUCAACAGGACCUGGAAGAAAGCCAAAUACUGGAAGAUAUAUUCUUUAUUUAUUAAC